AUGGGUGAUGAUUGGGAUCCAUUUGCAGAUCCUGCCGAUGGGUCAGCAGAGGGUCUUGACCCAGAAGCAAAGCGUACCUCCGCUGUGGAGGUGAAGCCGCAGCUGUCAUGGGCCCCUCCACCAGCUGCCGUGGGCCCCAUUCGGGUUGCCUGCCUCCAUGGAACCUGCAGCAACGGCAACAUUUUGAAGGUGCAAUUACAACGAGCUGCAAAGCUGUGUGGUGACAAAGUGGAGUUCAUCUAUUUGGACGGCAGGAUGAAGUCUACGAAAGACAACCCAGUGUGGGAGGAGAUGUCCCGGACAUUCAAGGGCCAAGAGUUCUAUGAAUGGGCAGAAAUUUCAGCAGCUUCCAGCAUCGCAGAACGCCAAUACUGCGACCUGGAGACAAGUUUGGACUUCAUUCAAGACCUUUUACGUCAGCACGAGCCCCUGGAUGGGAUUUUUGGCUUUUCACAGGGCGCCAACAUGGCCAGUCUGUUGGCAGCACAGGCGGUUGCUGGAGAAGGUGUCAAUUUUGGUUUCGUGAUACAAAGCUGUGCAGCAGGACCGGGUUGGGUAGAACAGCGCCCCGACCUGUUCAUGCAGAAACUUCCCAUGCGAAGUCUACACAUCUCCGGCAAACUUGACACCAAUCCACCCCUUCCACUCGUAGAACUGUACCAGGAGCCUUUCUCCUUGCUGCAUGAUGAUGGGCACAAGGUGAUCCCCAGCUCCGGUGGCCGUGAGGAAGCCGAUUUCGUGGCAAAGACCAUCGCAGAUUUUGUGCUGAGUGCAGCCCAGUGAGCCGAGAAUUCUGCAGCCGUUUGCUGACAUCAGAACGUCUCUUCCACUUCUUCCGGCAAACAGAGGCAGUUCCAGCAGCGCACGUGAAAUACGGACCAGCGCACCAGCCUAGCAAUGAGUAAAACCCAAUAGUCAACCAUCCCAGAAACAUCUGGUAACAUUACAUCAUUUGGUGGUAAUUUUGAGAAAUCCCAAAUAGGGGGUGCAACCGUAUAC